CUAUUCAUCGUUCUCUCGCUGAAGACUCCGGCUGCCUUUUGUCCCUCUUGUAUCUCAUCUCUCCCCUCAGUAUAAAAUGGCCUCUGGUGUGAUGGUCUCGGAUGAUGUCGUUAAAGUAUUUAAUGAUAUGAAGGUGCGCCAUCAACUCUCCCCAGAAGAAGCCAAGAAACGCAAGAAGGCCGUUAUCUUUUGUCUUAGUGACGACAAGAAAACAAUCAUUUUGGAACCAGGAAAGGAGAUCUUGCAAGGAGAUGUCGGUUGUAAUGUGGAAGACCCCUACAAGACCUUUGUGAAGAUGCUGCCCCGGAACGACUGCCGUUACGCACUGUAUGAUGCACUCUACGAGACAAAAGAAACCAAAAAAGAGGAUCUUGUUUUUGUGUUCUGGGCCCCUGAAGAAGCGUCACUGAAAAGUAAAAUGAUCUACGCUAGCUCAAAAGAUGCAAUCAGGAAGAGAUUUACAGGUAUCAAACACGAGUGGCAAACAAACACGUACGAUGAUAUAAACGAUCCCUGUAACCUUGCAGAUAAACUAGGUGGCAACACUGUAGUUUCCCUUGAAGGAAAAUCCCUGAGAAGCUGAGAUCCCUUCCUUUGCCAGUGUCUGUGCCACUUCUAUAAGGGGCUUCCAUGUAAUCAUUCUCCCAGCAAUGUCCCCUCUGCUAGCUGAAAUCCCUCACUACUUUCAAGGACGUCUUUCACUCUACAGUCGGAUAUCAUUUUAAGGGCAUUCCCAAUGCAGACCAGCCUUUUUGUUGCUUUCUUUUAGUAGUCUUGUUUGUGGAUACCUUAUGCUUAUCUUACAGGAAGUUUUCCUUCCAUCUACAAAGUAGAUGCACUUAUCUCAAAUUGAGUUAAUUUUGCCAAAUAUUUUCUGGCGUAUUACCCAUCCCACUUGCCAUAUCUAUACGGCCCUUAGGCCUCAAUUAUUCUCCUGCCCCCUUGAGACUGGCUUUGAACAUUCCUAGAAUAAAUUAAGAUGGCUGCUUUCUGCCUUUUUUUUAUUCCUUUAUGGUUUCUUUACAUUUCCAUGCUACUUCUGUAACAUUCCUCUCAGCCCCUCUGACAUCUGCAGGGUAACUUCAAAAUUGGCUCCCCCAAAACCACAGGCACUCUGUUUUUUCACAAAAUACCCCCCCCCCUGUAGUGUAACUUCCAUAUCACCCUUAAAAACCCCCUCUUAAUUUAAUAUUGCUGUUGGUGUAUGGGGGCAAACAUGCCUCAAAGAUGGCCGCAUAUACAUUUUGCCAAUAUUAAUCUGCAAGUUUGUGACUUUAAAUCUGUACAUCAGUCUUGGUGGAUUGGGGGUCAAAUUGUGUGAUGCACUUCACCUCUUGUGACCCUUUCUCCACAAUCAUUGUCACAUGUCGUUGCGGUCUCUACAUCCUUAUGUCUUGUGUUACUAAUAUGGAAGUCAUACUGGCAGAUCUGACAUUAAUAAACAUAAAUUUAAAGAAUUGGUCUUGGUUAUUUAAUGCUUUAUGAAGUCUACUUGUAAUUCAACUGUUGCAGGCAGUGUGACUUCAGUGUGACUUCAAUUUAGGAUGGCGCUGACCCAUCUUAUU